AUGCUGGGUGCUGCUCUUCUUGCUUUGGUGGCUGUGGGCGCUGAUUCUCAAGCAUCAUCGAAUAGCCCAGUCGUUCAACUUCGCAAUGGGUCAUAUUAUGGUACUCACAACUCAAUGUAUAACCAGGACUUGUUCCUUGGUAUGCCUUAUGCCCAACCUCCUCUGGGUAACCUGCGAUUCAGACAUCCUCAGCCUUUGAACGAGACUUGGACCGACGUGCGCAAUGCAACAGACUACCAGUCCAAAUGUUACCAGUACGGUUAUCCCUCAGGUCCACUAUCAGGUGGCUCAGAUGACUGUCUUCAUCUCAAUGUCAUCCGACCAGCAUCAGUCAAGAAUGAGAAACUCCCUGUUCUUGUGUGGAUACACGGCGGUGGUCUAGUCGGUGGUUACAGCGGCGAUCCCAAUUCCAACCUAAGCUGGAUCAUCGACGAAUCCGUCAAAAUGGGUUCACCAAUCAUCGGCGUCUCAAUCAACUAUCGUCUCGGAGCUUGGGGAUAUCUCUGGAGCUCUGCUGUCGAAAAAGCAGGUGAAGGAAACAACGGCUUUCGAGACCAAAGGCUUGCUUUGCAAUGGAUCCAAGAGAACAUCGCUGCAUUUGGGGGCGAUUCGGAGAAAGUAACCAUCUGGGGCCAGAGUGGUGGAGCUCGUGGUGUUGCAUCUCAAUUAACUGCUUUUGGAGGCCGAGAUGAUGGAUUGUUUAGAGCGGCUAUUCUUGAGAGUGCGACUGGAUUCCAUACCAACUUUCGAGAGGAAGAUGUCGAAGAUGCUCCGAGUUGGGAUAAGGGAUAUAAAUCGCUUCUCGAAUCGACGGGCUGCGAAACUGCAAAAGACUCUUUACAAUGUCUUAGAGAAGUACCAUCUUUGGAACUCGCAGAGACCAUCGGCAAUGUCUCGUUCCCUGUCUAUCUCGACAUCGUUGAUGGGGACUUUAUCCAAGAUGAUCGCUCAGAGCUGAUCCGACAGGAGAAAUUCGUUCCGGUAUCAAUCAUCAACGGCGUGGCAACCGAUGACGGCGAUUUCUUUGCUCAGAGAGGCGUAAACACAACACAAGAGUGGGAAUCGUACUUGAGAAGAGAAGGAGCCAGCAACAGUACUAUCGAAGCCAUCUCUGCUUUAUACCCUGAUAUUCCCCGUGUCGGUCUCCCUGCAACAUUCAAAGGGCGUCCCUCGGGAGAGCUCGCUUCGUAUGGAGCGCAAUGGAAGCGCGCGGUAGCAUUCGGAGGUGAUAGAGCGAUGCAUGCACCUAGAAGGGCUUGGAAUAGAAAAUGGUCCGAAUCCAAUCUGACUGCGUACAGCUAUCGUUUCGAUGUUGUAUCGGGAGAUCGCAAUCCAGUGCAAGGAGCUGGUCAUUCGGUUGAUCUACCGUUUGUCUUCCGCAACACGGAGCGUCUAGCACAGCUCAACGCUACGGAGCCCAGGCCCGGAUCUUUUGAUGGGUUAUCAGUUUUGAUGUCGCGCAUGUGGAUUAGCUUUGCAAGUGGUCUCAAUCCCAAUUUUGAUGGGAUGCAAAGCUCAGAGUGGCCAAAGUAUGGAGUAGAAGAAGGUAGAAAUAUGGUGUUUCAUAUUGACAACUCCUCUGUGGCAUAUGUGGAGGAGGACACCUAUAGAACCGAGCAACUGGAGUACCCGGAUCGCAAGUUGUGGAAGACAGGACUACAGGCUGGUAUGUAA